UUCUUAUUCAGUCACCAACUGGCAACUACCACCGCUCAUCCAGAUAUUCAAAAUCACCUAGCGUUUUCUUCAGGAUCAUCCCUUUUCCAAGCAUGAUGAACAAAUACGUAUCGCACUUUACAGUCAGCCUUUUUCUAUUUCCACUGUUGUCAAUUACCUGUGGCAGUUCGAUUCGGUCUUCAUUGACUGCUGAAGAGAACAGUCAUCCGUUUCUAAUCCGGAAAAUCGACAACCUCAAGCAACGUUACACCGGGAAUCGCGAUCCGUUUCAAGAUACGACCCAAGAGAGUCAAAUUGAAGAUACUUCUAAUAAUAACGCACCUUUGAUGUCAGAAAACGAGGAAUUUCUCCCAGUGCUAGAAGGAAAAAAAGGGAGUGAUAACAAUAUUGUUUUAAUAAAUCCUAGAAAAGUCAAGUCAUCAUCCGUUGCUGUUGCUCCGAUCGCUCCCAAUCCUGAGAGGCGUCUGUAUUAUCCGUCUCAACCUGUCGACCAACCAAAGUAUCGGACAGACACCCAUCGCUACGGUCGUGCUUCUCGUGAGACGUACCAUUACCAUUUGGCAAACAAUAACUCACCUCUCCGUUUGUUUGACUCGGCUCCUCUCCAGCCCAAGCAAAUGGGAUUCCCUCCGAUAGCUAACACGCGUGAAAAUUUGGGAAAACAAAUCAACUGGAACGCCAAAGUCGGUAGAGCUCAUCGUUCGUUUUACGAUGUGAUGACGGCUUGAUUCACCCAUUUUCAAAUUGUUGCCUGACAUUCGGAAAAUAAUUUUCCUGAAUGUUUUCCUAUUGAAUUUUUGUAGUUUUAGUCCUAGAAUUUUGUUUUGAUGCGAUUAAAACUUUUUUUAAGACAAUUUGUUACAUGGUGCAAUAAACGUAUAAAAGAAAUGACCGAGA